GCGUUUGAUACGAAAUGGAUGUGGCUCCGAUUCCUUAUGAAGAAAUCUCACUGGGAGACCGUGUUGGCAUGGGAUACUAUGGAAGAGUGUACAAGAGUAAAUGGCGGGGACGGACAAUUGCAGUGAAGCGGAUAAGCAUUGGAAGAGCGGACAAACAUAUUGAGAGAGAGAUUAACCAGCUAUCCAAGCUGCGACAUGAGAACAUUGUAACACUUUAUGGAUUCUCCAUGUACGAAGAUAUGUUCCACCUGCUGGAGGAGUACGCAGAUGGUGGAUCUUUGUCCACCGUGAUCCAUUCAAAGAUUCUGAGAUACUACCUGGCGAACGCACUCAACUGGGCCCACCAAAUUGCUCAGGGACUAGCUUAUCUCCAUGCCAUGAAACCAAAAGCUAUUAUUCAUCGCGAUAUAAAGCCAAGCAAUGCAAUUUUGAGCCGACAGGGCCUUAGCCUGAAGAUCUGUGACUUUGGGACUGUUGUGGACCUGACCACCUCAAUGACCGCUGAGGUUGGCACCUGUCAGUAUAAAGCUCCUGAGGUCUUUCAAGGGCGACACUACGAUGAAAAGUGUGAUGUGCAUAGUUGGGCCAUUACUUUUUGGGAAAUAUUAGCCAGAAAGCAACCAUUUGAGAAAUGUAAUACCCCAUAUGCGGUGAAUCUUGCAGUGACCACAGGUGAUCGCCCAUUGUUUGGUGAUAAUAUAGUAGUAAAACCCUGCCCCGAGGAUAUCAUUAAUUUAAUAUCCGCCUGUUGGAACCCGGAACCGAACAAGAGAUAUUCUAUGAAAUUCGUUGGAGGUUUCAUGAAAGAAGCUCUCGCAGAUGCAGGUCCUUUGGCCCGUUUGGGGUAUUACAUCAAAGAAAAUAAAAAUUACAUCAAAGAAAAUGAAGUACAAGUAUGUCUACAAUUACUUCCGGACAAAUAA